AUGUCCUGCACUGCCGAUGGUCCUGCACCCAGCCUCUGUUGUCUCUAAGCUCUACAGCAACCACAGAAGAAAAACUGGAAGCCACCUCACACCUGAAAAUGAGAGCGCUCAGUGUUGUCCUUGUCAUGGUGCUCCUGUGCACCGGAGCUCUUGGUUUUCUGGUUAAGGUUAGAGACAGACACUUCCCAUUGGAGGCAGUGAAAGAACUGAAGGAAUUGAUGGAUUUAGAUGAGAAGAACCCUCAACUCACCAAGAAAGUUGUUGAAGAGGUUUGCGCCAAACCUCUCCUGCCGCCGGUCUUUCGAGCAGUGUGUGACAAUGAGGUGGAAAGAAAGGCUGUUUUCUACGAACUCGUGGAAGUCUUCAAGUAUAUUGAUCCAUGAGAGAUCUGUCCCUUUGCUGCCUGCACUGGGUGUUAGGAUUGAGGCUGCCAUCUAUAUGACACACAAACCAUCGACUGGGAUCUUGUCGGGACGUCAUCAUCCAGAAUUUCGAAUGACAGUUACAUAAAAAUUUGACUUGCCUUGAUUUUUAUGUGUGUUGCUACAUUCUGAUAUGAUCCAUUGUCAGGAGUGUAAAGCUGCCUCUUAUGAAUAAAUACAUUCUUUGCAUUUGUUAAAGGAGUUGUGAUAUACUGAAAGGUGACUAGUUGUACUGUUUCACUCAGGUUUGUCCAAUAACUCAUUCAUUUUCAAAUGAAAUUGUUUACAAAACAAAACUGAUAACCUAUUUCUUACCUAUCUUUCUGUGUACGUGGUCCUAAUAAACCAAUUCCUAUCUGCAUAGCUGACCUGGACAAAUUCUAUCUGCCAGGAUCGCCAACAAAGUAGCUAAUUUAGGUACUUGCAAACAGGAAUGUAGAUUAUUGGCCUCUAGUAUCAAUAUGCAUGACAUCUGUGACCUGCUUCCCAAUCCCAGAAUUUCACAGCCAUCAUUGGUGUCACAUAUGAUCAUCAUUCUUUAAGGAAAUUCGCUUUUUAAACAUUUAAAGCUGCACUGCUGCUCUCAGAGUGUUUAAAUUACAUCCACUGAUCUAUAAACUCUACAGUGAUGUAAUAACAAGUUUGAUGUGGCUAAAUUUUGAAGUUGCUUCAUUGCGACAAAUGUGCCACAUGUUGAUAAACAACAGGGUCAAUUCUGCCACCUCUAACCUGUCCUUUGAAGACGAAGUGCUUCUUCCUGCAUAUAUUGAACAGGAUUCCAUUGAGAAAUGCAUGAAAUGUGUACCUACAAAACCAGCUAUCAAGGAUCAGCCAAAUAACUAUUCAACUGUUCCAUUAAACUCACAUUACUGUGGAGUUUACAGAUAAGUGGAUGCAAUUUCAACACUAUGUGGGCAGCAGAGCAACUAUAGGUCAUUUAAAAUGGGGGGGUUCCCUUUAAACUGAUGGCCAUGUGUGACACAAAAAAAAGAAAAAAAAAGAAAAGGACAGCAGACCACUGUCAUCAAGCAU